GUGGUAAAUAAGUGAAAAAAAAAAUCAAUUGGCUCCACCAAGAGAUUCCAUCUUUGCCGAAGCGCCGCCGCGUUCGUUCCGGCGAUGGAUCGCGACGGCCGCCCCGGGUGGCUGCCGUCGCUGGGCUUCGCCUUCCUCAGCUUCAACUGUGGCAUGGCCAUAUAUCGCUCCAGAGACGACCCCUCCUCCGUUGCCUUCGUGGUCAUCGCCUACCUCGCCCUCAUCAUCCUGUUCCGAUGCCUCCACCUGUUCGAGCGCAACCCCGGCCGCAGGGGGCGAGGCCUCAAGGCUGCCGUCUGGGGCCUCUCCACCCUCCUCACGCUCAUGUUCUCCUACAAGGUCGCCGCCAUCAUGCCGCUAUGGGCCCAGCUGCUCGUCUGGGCUAUGGGGAUCUUCACCAUCGUCGCCGGGUUCUACGCCUUCUUCGUCGCGCACCAGGAGGACCCUUGAUUGAUGGAUUCACAGCGAGAUGGAUACUUGACGGACUUCGGUUCCAUUAUGUUGUCUUUGCACCAUCCGAAGAAAUUCCAUGACCAUAGCAGAAAGGAGCCCUGAAAGAUACUUCUUUGUUGAAUAAAGUUAACCUUCAUAUUUGAGAAUAUUAUUUUGUUGCCCGAAAACAUCAGAUACCGUUUGCAGAGUGGCUGUUUAAAUUUGUGUUAAAUCUUUGGCUAUAUAAAUCGGUUUGCUUCUAGCAGGUGCA